CCGGAAGCCACUCGCACACCUCACAAGCUGAUUGGAUUAAGCCUAAUGAUCCAAGGCCACACACUUCUUUAUAUACUCCCGCGUCGUCUCGCCUUCUUCUCCCAGUCCCAGCUCGAUCGGCUCCAACUCCGGCCGCCGACGAUUCUUGCCUUCUUCUUCGUCUUCUUCUCCCAGCUCGGGACGGACCACCAACCCGACUCCGGCGACGAUUCUUGGCUUCUUUGAUUGAUUGAUAAAGCUAGCAGCUUGGUCGUAAGACAUGGCGAGGCGCAUGUUUGCGUGCUUCGGGCGGGGCGGCGAGGAGGAGGCGGAAGCGAGGAAGGAGCAGAGGCAGAAGCCGGUGCUGCGGCGGCGGAGGACGGUGAACCUCCGGUCGCUGUCGCUGGAGGACCUGUCCCGGACGCUGGCGAAGACGAACCUGCACGCCUUCACCCUGGACGAGCUGAAGGCGGCGACCAAGAACUUCUCCACCAGCAACUUCCUCGGCGAGGGCGGGUUCGGCCCGGUCUACAAGGGCUUCAUCGACGGCAGCCUCCGCCCCGGCCUCGAGGCGCAGCACGUCGCCGUCAAGUACCUCGACAGCGACGGCGUCCAGGGACACCGCGAGUGGCUGGCUGAGGUGGUGUAUCUCGGGAUGCUGAGCCAUCCUCAUCUGGUGAACCUGGUCGGGUUCUGCAACCAAGACGACCACCGGAUGCUGGUGUACGAGUACAUGCCCAGGGGUAGCCUCGAGAACCACCUGUUCAAGAAUCUGCUCGCGUCGUUGCCAUGGUCGACACGGCUGAAGAUCGCCGUCGGCGCGGCGAAGGGGCUGGCCUUCCUUCACGAGUCCGAGACGCCGGUGAUCUACCGCGACUUCAAGGCCUCCAACAUUCUCCUCGACAAGGAUUAUACGGCGAAGCUGUCGGACUUCGGGCUGGCGAAGGAGGGGCCCCAGGGCGACGCGACGCACGUGACGACGCGGGUGAUGGGCACGCACGGGUACGCGGCGCCGGAGUACAUCCUGACGGGCCACCUCACGGCGAGGAGCGACGUGUACAGCUUCGGCGUGGUGCUGCUGGAGCUGCUCACCGGGCGGCGCUCCGUCGACAAGCGGCGGCGCGGCCGCGAGCAGAACCUGGUGGACUGGGCGCGGCCCUACCUUCGGCGAGCCGACAAGCUGCACCGCAUCAUGGACCCGGGCCUGGACGCGCAGUACUCGGCGCGCGCCGCGCACGCGGCGGCGAAGGUGGCGCACCAGUGCCUGCAGGCCGUGCCCAAGUCGCGGCCCUGCAUGCGCGACGUCGUGGACGCGCUCGAGCCGCUGCUCGCCGUCGACGACGACGUGCCCAUGGGCCCGUUCGUGUUCACGGUCGCCGGCGCCGCCGCUGACGAUGCGGCGGCGGCGGGGAGCAGCGCCGGGGACGACGAGCCUGCGACGGCGCCGGUGAGCCGCCGGGGAAAGAAGCACGUCACGUCGCCGGUGCACGCGGAGAGCCCGCUGCGCGACGGCCGGUACGCGAGCAGAGUGAAGCGGCCGGAGAGCCCCCCCAGCGUGAUCUGACAAUCUGAGCCGGCGCACGGCGGCGCUUGAGUACAUAGAACACACAAACCGAAUUUGUACAUACCCUAUAUUCCUUAAUUCUUUUGUGCUACGUCUGUUCGUGACCUUUUUUUUUGUCUAAAGAAUUUGCUAAGAGAAAUGUUGAUUAAUCAUAGUUGUUUAAACUCCCCUUGCAUGAAAGAAAAUUAGUGUUUUGUACGUUUCACCUAUGCAAUGUCCAAUUUGACCAAAGACAAUUCUACGGCGUGUAUGGACUUGUUUCAAGUCAAACUGCUUUAAUUUGACUGAAUUUAUAGAAAAAGUAUAGUAGCUAU